GAGAGCACCCUUCACGUCCAGCAAGAGGCCUCUGUCUUCGUCGUCGUCCUCUAGCAGCAGCAGCGACCUCGUGAACCGCAUCAACCGAACAGGAUCAAGCUCCUCCGGCACAAGUAACAUUCUAGGCUCGACGCACAAGCGCUUUAAGGCGCCUGUGUCAUCGGAAUCGAGGCCAAGGACUAUACGAAGCCUCUCUCGACGAUACCCGGGUCGCCACGACGCAAGACCCCAUACGAGAGAUCCAAAACGCUGACGUUCGAGGAUUCACCGACGAGCAAGAUGGACGUCAGUAAUGUCGACCCCGAAGCGGUCCUGGUGGAUUCGGAGACUCUUGAAGCAGACGUAUCUGUUGAGAUGGACGAGGCGUGGUUGAGAACGAUGCUGACCAUGGGAAGCGAGAUAAGAUCAUGGUCUCUAUCAGGCAUGUAUUUUUUGGGCGUCUCUGUUGAUAUCAAGCCUGAUCCUGUUCUAGUGUAUGACCUUCGAAUGCAGACUCGGCAUGGAUUCCGUCGUCAAGCGCCAGUUCUAUCCAUGUCAAUCCUCUCCAUGCAAAGUCUGGCGCUCCGAACCCUGCGGAGAACAAAUUUGACUUUGACUCUGUACUCACUGGCUCACCGAACAAACCUAUUUACAGCACCGUCACUCAAUCGCAUGUGUAUGCCGCCAUGGAAGGAUACAACUCUGUCAUCUUUGCAUACGGACAGACCGCCUCCCCGCGAGGAAGUUGUGAUGAGCUUGAAGGGGGUCAAGGAUGUGUUGAAGCGCGGGGAGAGCCAUCGACGGACGGCUUGUACGGACUGGGAUGAGAGGAGCAGUCGGAGUCAUAGUGUUUUCCGGCUGGUGAUCGAGAGUAGGGAGGGUGGUGAAGCCUUGGACGAGUGACUCCAGCGCCGAGUGGAAGGCAGACACCGGAUCGUGGUGCCAGUAGUAAGCCUGGUCCGAAGCUGCAAGCGAGAGGUGGAAGGAGUGCAGACGUCUGUUUUGGUGAGUUUGUUUUUUACUUGCUCCAUGAUUCUUGCUAAUGACGUCCUUUCCAGAGUCUUAUUGAUCUCGCUGGUCCAGAAAAGGCGAGAGUGAUAAGGAGCGUACAAGGGAAGGGAAGUAUAUCAACACUAGGUUGGCCUUACCUUUCUGCUCUGAUGUACGUACUGAUUAUCAUUGACUACAGUUUGUUGACCCUUGG